AUGUCGAGAAGGAAAGGUGGUGUUGUUCAGAGAGCAUCAUCCGCAGCAAUUGGACGCUCUAAAGAUGAUAACAACUUGAUCGAAGCCUUAAAGCUUUACGAGGGUAAGAAUUACAAAAAAUCACUAAAAUUGCUCGAUACGAUCCUGAAAAAGAACUCGAGCCAUGUCGAUUCCUUAGCUUUAAAAGGUCUCAAUUUGUAUUUUACCGGCCAAAAAGAAGAUGCUGAAUCUUAUGUGAAUAAAGCUAUUGAUAAAAUUAAAGACACAUCAGCCUCUCCAAUCGGUUGCCAUAUUCUUGGUAUUUACAUGAGAAAUGUUAAAAAAUAUAAGGAGGCAGCUGAGUGGUUUCAGGCUUCAUUGGACAAUGGAUCCACUAAUAAGCAGAUCUAUAGAGACCUCGCAACUCUGUAUUCUCAAGAGCAUGACUACAAGAAAUUGCUAGCAUCCAGAAAGGCAUACUGGGAGGAAUUCAUGGGUUAUCGAGCUAAUUGGACUUCACUAGCUAUUGCACAUGAACUUAACGGCCAAAGACAAGAAGCAGUAAAUGUACUGAGUAAAUUUGAAGAAUUGGCAGCCGGAAAACUUGGUGAUGCCGAAGCGUACGAGCACAAUGAAUGCUUGAUGUACAAAAAUGAUGUGAUGUAUAGAGCUGCAAAGAACGAUGCUGCAAAGCUGGAGUCUGUACUUGAAAAUUUGGAUGCAAUUGAGCCUCAAGUAUUCGACAAAUAUGGUUGGCUAGAGAGACGGGCGGCUAUAUUCAUGAAGUUGAACAGAAAACAAGAAGCCUCAAAAGUUUACAGAGCACUCAUAAAGAGAAAUCCCGAUAACGCUGCUUAUUAUAAGCUACUUGAAGUCUCUCUUGAUAUUCAUGGCAACAGUAAGCUUAAAAAAGCUCUCUACGAAAAGUUGCAAAAGUUUUAUCCGAGAGCAGAUCCUCCUGCAUUCAUUCCUUUGACAUUCAUUACCGAUGGUGAUGAAUUAACACAAAAAAUGAAUGACUACAUUGUUCCAAAACUUAAGCGUGGGGUCCCAGCAACGUUUUGUAACGUCAAGCCUUUGUAUAAGACGAAUUCGGCUCUUGUGGCACCCAUUAUUGAAAAAAUCGUGACCGCGUUUUACUCUUCGGUUGAUUCGAAGGAGCAACCAACGCAAUUUGUUUGGACAUGCUACUUCUUGUCCCAGCACUACCUCCUAUUAAAGGAUUUUUCUAAAGCCACAGAGUACGCCGACAAGGCUCUCGAGCACACACCAACGCUAGUUGAAUUGUAUAUUUUGAAGGCCCGUGUUCUAAAGCAUAUUGGAUUAUUAUCAGAGGCCGCAGAGACCAUUAACAAUGGAAGAAAAUUAGAUCUUCAAGAUAGAUUUAUUAACACCAAGACUGUGAAGUACUAUUUGAGGGCAAACCUUGUGGAAAAAGCAAUUGAGGUUGUAUCCAUCUUCACCAAAAAUGAUGAAUCAGAGAAUGGUGUAGUUGACUUGCAUUUGAUGGAGGCAUCCUGGUUUAUUGUUGAGCAAGCCGAGGCCUAUUACAGACUGCAUCUCGAACACCAACAGCGCUUACAAGAGCUGGAAAAUGAAGAGGUCCCAACUGAUGAAGAGAAGCAAAAUGAACGAGCCCGUUGCAUUAAAGAGCUCAUCUACCAAACUGGAAAGUACAAGGGCUUAGCAUUGAAAAGACUACACGCUAUUCCUAAGUUUUACAGACAGUUUGAGGACGAUCAAUUAGACUUUCACUCCUACUGUAUGAGGAAGGGAACUCCAAGGGCUUACCUGGAGAUGAUCAAUUGGGGUAAGCGCGUAUAUACCCUGCCCUUAUACGUGAGGGCCUUGAAGGAUGCAGCUAAAAUGUACUUUUCAAUUUUUGAUCAUCUUGCAGAGAGCGCAGACGAAGAAAAUGAAAAGCCUACUACAGACUCUGUUGCCAAGAAGAGUAACAAAAAAGCCAAAAAAGAGAUAGCUGCGAUGAAUAAGCGUAAAGAGGAAGAUAAGAAGAAGCUAAAGGCUUAUGAGAACGAUGAGGAUGUGUUAGGUGAAAAACUUAUCGCUACCAAGACGCCAUUAGAGGACUUCGCCCAAUACUUCUAUAAUGCUUACUUGAGUGACGUUAAAGACACCGAAAAAGAUUACGUUUUAGAGUUUGGUUAUCAACUUAGAUGUGGUAAAUUGGCCUUAAGCUUGGGCGCUCUUGCAAAAUAUGCUGACGUUCACGGUAAAAGUGAUGGUAUGGUUGGGGCUCUCACGCUAUGCCUGUUGGAUAAAGUUAAAGAUUCCUCGCCACUGGAUCCAAUUGCAAAAAGUCUCGCCUUGAAAGGUCUCGAAAGACAUUUCCCAGAAGUUCCACUUGACAAGAGAGAUGAUGCCGAUUAUGAUUGGAUAGAGUUCUUCACUAGUAAUUAUGACGCUUCGAAUUUGGAGGCGCUCUUGACUUUGUACCGCGCACAUCUAACCCUAGUUUCCGACACUAAUGGAUUGAAAGAAAUGAUCAUGAAUGCGCUCGGAAAUCAAGAACCACGGAUUCAAAACGUAAUUUUAAAAUACGAGCUUUAG